AUAGUUCUUCUUCUCCGGCAUCUUCCCAUCAUCGCGCAAUGGAGAACGGGAACAUCUUCGAGGUCGAUCUCGCGAGCAAUGGCAGCUCUUCGUCCCUGAUCUUCCUCGGCACUGGGUGUUCCAGCGCUGUCCCCAACGCCCGUUGCCUCAUUCAGCCAUCCGAUCCCCCCUGCGAGGUCUGCUCUCAGGCCCUCUCCGUCCCUCCUGAGAGAAACCCUAACUACAGGUGCAAUACUUCCCUUUUGAUCGAUUAUUGUCAUGGUGACGUGCACAAGUAUAUUCUAAUUGAUGUUGGAAAGACAUUUAGAGAGCAAGUUCUUCGAUGGUUUACUUACCAUAAGAUCCCAUGUGUUGAUUCUAUUAUAUUGACACAUGAGCAUGCGGAUGCUGUUCUUGGUCUGGAUGAUAUUCGUGUAGUACAACCAUUUAGUCCAACAAACGAUAUUGAACCGACUCCCAUCUACCUCACUCAAUUUGCAAUGGACAGUCUUGCUGAAAAGUUUCCGUACUUGGUCCAGAAAAAGCUCAAAGAAGGCCAAGAAGUAAGGCGUGUUGCUCAACUUGACUGGAAAAUAAUUGAGGAUCAUCAUGAGAAACCGUUUAUAGCAUCAGGCCUAGAGUUUGUUCCUUUGCCAGUAAUGCAUGGGGAGGACUACACGUGCUUAGGCUUCCUUUUUGGAAAGAAGUCAAGGGUUGCAUAUAUAUCUGAUAUCUCACGCUUUCCACCUUCAACUGAAUAUGUAAUUUCAAAAUCAGGAGCAGGGCAGCUGGAUCUUCUAAUAUUGGAUACACUGUACAAGGUUGGAUCUCACAAUGUUCACUUCUGCUUGACCCAGUCUCUUGAUGCUGUUAAGCGAAUCCAACCCAAGAGAGCUCUAUUAAUUGGAUUGACACAUGACUUCGAUCACCACAAGGACAACCAGGAACUUACAGAAUGGUCAAAGAGGGAGGGAAUUCCUGUGCAGCUUGCUCUUGACGGAUUGCGUGUCUUUAUUGAUUUGUAACAAGGCUCUGAAUUCGCCGAGAGGAAGGCAAGUCUUAAGUCUUUCAGGUUGCUUCCGUGGCAAAACCACACAAAUGAAAUACAAUUCAUUCUUUAGCAUGAGCUAGCUACACGUCAUGUUGUUUACCAUGUUACAUGUUUUCUCAAAGAAUUUGUGUACCUUACUUGGUAAUUGAAUACACGUGAAACCCAUCAAACAUUAUCAGAGCAUAGAAUCUCUCUACCUUGAUUUA